AUGGCAGCUCCAGGCAGACCGAGAUUGGGCAUGUUCACCAGUGGACUGUCGUCGCUUUCCCAGAGCGCCAGCGAUCCCAGCUCGCCCAAUGUCAGCUCCCCGGCUGAGCAGCGAGCCGGCGCCAAGGCCAACAUGUUCCAGACGAUGCGCCUGCCGACACAGCAUGUCUGGGUAUGCUACUUUGACAAGCAGGCCAAGGACCAGAAAAAGGCCGAAGAUGGUGAUUACCAUGCCACGCUCGAGCAGCUCGACACUGAGAUCAAGUCGGUCGCCGACUUUUGGCGGUACGAGAACAAUAUCCCAAUUGAGCAGAUCAAGAUGCGCGAGUCCAUCUACCUGUUCAAGGAGGGAUACAAGCCCAUCUGGGAGGACCGCCGCAACAUCCUGGGAGGCUCGUGGACCUUUCGUGUGCCCAAGAGCUCUGGCCGUGAGUUUUGGAAGUGGAUUCAACUCAUGGCUAUUAGUGAAACACUCGAGGGUGUUCUUGAGAAAGGAGACCAAAUCUGCGGAGUCGGACUCUCGGUGCGCUUCAACUCUCACCUCAUUUCCAUCUGGCACCGAGAUGCCUCGAAACAAAAGUCAAUCGACGGGCUGUUGGAAGUCGUCCUGACAUCGCUGCCCGAAGAGCUCCGGCCAAAGGGUCCUGACAAUUAUUUCUACAAGAAGCAUUCGGAACACGCCGGCUUCAAGGCACCGCCCGAGCUUCAGGCCGUGAUAGACUCGCAAAAGAGAGCACAAGAGGCGGCUGCUGCCAAUGCCAAGGUCCAAGUCCCAGCACCGACUGAGGCGGAAGCAAGCGACGCUUGA